AUGAAUGGUUCGUAUCAUAACAAAACUACGAUGACUACUUCAAAUUCAACAAAUUUCGUAAAUGCUCCCUUCGAGUAUUCGGAGAGAGCUAGAGAUACCAUUAAGAAGAAAUUAUUGUUUUCACAAAAGAAUACCAAUGCUAGCAACCGUAAGAAAUCAAAAAUAUUAUCAAGAACAUGCUCAGACGACGUCGCAAGUGCGUACAGUGCUAUCUCGAACCAGUCAUCCAUAUUCUCUAAUCCAUUGACAGUCACUACAACAUCAAGCCAUUUUUCUUCCUCUUCUGUACCUACAGAGAAAAUAGUAACUACAAUUACAUUAGAAGAUGCUUUGCCAAAGACUUUUUAUGAUAUGUAUACGCCAGAGAUACUAAUGUCAAAUCCAUUGAACUUAUUUCAUAAUGGAAGACCAAAAUUCACCAAAAGAGAAUUAAUGGAUUGGGAUUUGAAUGAUAUCAGAUCAUUGUUAAUAAUAGAUAAUUUGAAACCGGAAUGGGGGGAUAAUCUUCCAAGCAUAACAUUACCAAACAAUCAGCCAAAUGCAUCGAAUAUAAACUUCAGAUUUCAAUUACUACCGUUAAAUUCAAGCGACGAGUUUAUAAUAGAAACACUAGUAACGUCAGAUUUGUAUAAAGAAGCAAACCUCGACUACGAAUUCAGAUUUACCUCGGCAAGAUACACAGUGGCAUUAGCAAGAAGACGGCAUGAACAAAUGCUAUUACAGCAAGGUGUACCGCCAAACCAAAUAAAUAAGAAGGAAUUGCAUUUAAGUAAACCAGAAUGGAGAAAUAUAAUAGAGAAUUUUCUGCUCAAUAUAGCAGUGGAAACGCAAUGUAGAGCAGAUUUUAAACAACAAUGUUCACAAUUUAAAAAAUGGAAACAAGAACACCAUCAACAACAAAUGCAAAAUUUCUCAAAUUUAAAGAAACCUCAUAUGCCUCCACCAAGUGGAUUACCAUUAUAUACUAUAGUAGAAGAAGACAACAGCGACGAGAAUAUGUCGUCAAGUAAGGGAAGAUCCAGUUCUUCUCUCUUGAGAAAGACAUUAAUGAAAAAUCUCCAGUCGAAAACACUAAAGACAUCUUUUAAUAAAAAUAACACAUCAUCAAGCAAUAAUACCAAUACCUGUAAUAACAAUAACAAUAAUAUUCCAGACACUCAUAACAUUAAUAAUUUGAAUUUAAAUAAUAAACUUGGCAAGAUAACAUUAGCAAAAGAAGAAAAAGCCGAUAUAUGGGCUCAUUGCCAAUCAGAAGUCUAUCAAAGACUUGGACUUGAUUGGAAACCAGAUAGAAUGUCAAUUGGCUAA